AUGAUUAUAUUCUCCCUAAACUUGCGAGGAGGAGGAAACCGUGCAAAGAGGAAGAGAGUUGGAUAUCUUGUUCAAAAAGGGGAUGUAGAUAUUUGCUUCAUUCAAGAGAUAAAACUAAGUGGCUUAGAGUGUAACAUGGUAAAAGAAAUGUGGGGAGACAAUCAAGUGGAGUGGUCGCAUUUGGAUGCUAACGGGACAUCGGGAGGCAUCCUAACGAUGUGGAAAAAGGAUCUUUUCAAACUUCUCUUUAGUUUCCAUGGCGAGGGCUUUCUUGGUCUUUGCAUGGAGAAAGAAGGAAACCUUAUUUACUUUGUGAAUGUAUACGCUUCUUGCAACCUUAACGUGAGGAAAAGGUCUUGGGAUAAGUUAAGGGAGUUCAAAAACAACAAUUCAAAAGGUUCUUGGUGCAUUGGAGGAGACUUUAAUUCAAUUACUUCCUUAGAAGAAAGAAUUGGGAUCUUUAAUUGUAACUAUGGGAGGGAGAUUUCAAUCUUUAAAAAGUUCAUAGUAGAUAUGGAAUUAGUGGAUCUCCCUACCAUAGGAGGCAAGUUUACUUGGAUAAAGAGCAAUGGCAAAAGUAUGAGUAGGAUUGAUAGAUUUCUCUUGUCGGAUAGCCUUAUAGAAGAUUGGAAUGUGGUAGGCCAAUACAUCGGUGAGAGGGAUGUGUCCGAUCAUGCUCCUAUUUGGUUGACAGAUAAUAGAAAGGAUUGGGGUCCCAAACCUUUUAAGUUCAACAAUUUGUGGUUAAAACAUGAGGAUAUGAACAAUUUUGUGGAGGAGGAAUGGAAGAAGAUUGUCAUUAAAGGAAGAGGUGAUUUUUGCUUGGUAGAAAAGAUGAAAACUCUCAAAAACCGGUUAACUUGGUGGAACAUAAAUGUGUUUGGGUGGAUAGACCUCAAAAUUAACAACGAUGGGAAAGAGAUGCAUUCUUUAGAUAACGUGGUUGUUAUGGUGGUUGGUGGUGAUGAAGGUAGUUACGGUGGUUUGUUAGAGGUUGUUGUGGAGGUUGGAGGUGGUAGUUAUGGUGGUUGA